UGAGAACGAUAUACAAAAAACAUCUGUUGAAUCUUUCUCGUUUUCUGUCAUCGUGUCCGAUCCACUUUUUGUCGCUAAUUUUUGGACUAACUCCCUGUCGAUUAGUCGAUUUAAUAAUAAACAUUAGUCACCAGUAUUUUUUUCGAACGCAAUUUUUAUUCACAUUCGCUAAAUAUCGGUGAUAUCCCGAAAAGUUUCACUUGACAUUUCGUAAAUUAAAUACUAACAAAAUUUUAACGAACGUUGCGUCAAAUUUCUCCCACUAAAUUUUUCGACAUUGAUUCUGUAAUAUUACUUUUUUUCUAUGACAAUAAGACAUAGGAAAAUUACGAGUUAUAGCCGAAUUUUUGAAUCAUGAGAAAUACAGCAGAAAAUGUUGUCCAAACACCAUCAAUUACAGCAGAUGUGCUGGAAAGUAGUUACGAGGCAAUGGAGACGAAUGAGACAGCAUCGAGCGUUGGAAUUGUAACUGAAAAUUUGAAUGAGGAAGUGCUAGUUGAAAUGAAUGACAAUUUGGUAACUUCUAAUGGGAUAGAGACGGAUAAUUACAGGCUGGGAAUAGAAGCAACAUAUCCCGAAAAUAAUAGAGAAAUGAAUGAUCAGAACUCAAGUUCGCUAGAAGCAAAUCCAACUAUUUCCGAGGAUUCUGUGGCUUCAGAAAUCCCUCUGAACACCCCAAUAUGUCUGAGCUCCGAGCACGAUUCGUCAUUUGUAAGUGACGCGAUUUGCGAGAAUCCUGAAAUACCGAUGGAAAAUAUGGAUGCAGUUGAAAGUAUGUGUGAAUCGGUGAUAGAAAGUCAAAACUGUCCAGAGGAAAUGAUAAACAGUGAAGCUGUUCCUCAAGUUGUAAGACCCAGUGACUCUAAUCAAGUCCAAGAAGUUCCUAAUGUGGGAUCCAAUGCACAAAACGAAAAUGGAGAAUGGUCUCAAACAGUUGCACCCAAGCGCAAUGACAAUUGGGACUCGUUAUUUGCCCAUACAGCAGCUUCCAAAGAAGAAGGCAACUCAUCGACUCCUGUUCCAACAACUGGUACUGCUGUAUGCCCAAAAACUGUCAAACGUGCCGGUCCUUACAUACUUGGGCCGCUUAUUGGAACUUCUCCUGUCAAAAGCAUUGUUCAAUGUCUCGCUAGAAAAUCCAAUACCGAUAAAUUCUACACUAUUAAAAUUCUGACUCUGAAAGACGACAACGAGUACGAGACACAAGAUGAUCGACAAGGAAAAAUGUUGCUACACGCUGAAUAUUCGUUGCUAAGUUUACUUCAAAAUCAGGAUGGUGUCGUGCAUCAUCACGGAUUUUUCAAAGACUGCGCUCUCGAGGAAAAGAGUCUUCCCUCUGGUAGAAUUUACACAGGAAAAACUAAGCGUCGUCUCUGUUUGGUACUCGAUUGUCUCACUUCCCAUGAUUUUAAUCCACGCAAUGACGAACUACUCAAUCUUCAACAUCACGUUAUCAGGGAAAAAAAACUCUCAGAAAAAGAGAGUCUUUUGAUAUUCACUGAUACUGUGAGAAUCGUUGCGUGUUUACAUAACAGGAAUGUUGUCCACAGGGAUUUGAAGUUAGGGAAUUUGGUAUUGAAUCGAAAAAACAGAAAGGUAACAAUCACAAAUUUUUGUUUGGGCAAACACUUAGCCAGCGAAAAUGAUCUUCUGAAGGAUCAACGUGGUUCGCCCGCGUACAUAUCGCCAGAUGUGCUUUGUGGCAAGCCAUAUUUAGGAAAACCUUCGGACAUGUGGGCUCUGGGCGUUGUAUUAUUCACCAUGUUAUAUGGCCAAUUUCCAUUUUACGACAGUAGCCCGACGCAACUUUUCAACAAAAUCAAAGCCGCCAAUUAUCACAUACCAAAUGAUGGUAGAGUAAGCGAUGGGACGACGAAUCUCAUAAGAAAUCUUUUGGUCCUGCAACCCAGUCGUCGUUUGACAGCGGUUGAAGUGCUCGAUUCGUUAUCCUCCAUAAUUGCGACUUUCAAGGUCCCUACGGUGAUUGGCGAGGAGGAGCAAGUAGUUCCGGACAUAAGUUUGAUUGGGGAAGAAAACAGUGAGAAGAAAGUGGAAAAUACCGAGACAAACGCACGACCGAAAUCUUUAUCCGAUUUCUACAAAAAAGUCAUAUUGGAGGUACAACGACAGCAAAUGUUGAAUCAGCAGCCAACCCCUUUGUUGUCAAGACCAAGACCAUAUGGCCAAAUUCCAGUUCAUCGAGUCGAUGCGGAGCCGAGAGUGCUCACAGCUGCAGAAUUGGAACGUUUUAAAUACAUAAUACCACGAGAUUCGCCGAGACAACACGUUCAAAAUUCUACGAGACGCGAAAACAUUUCGCUCCGAGUGCGUGGCGCUCCGAGAUUUCGAACUACGACGAACAAUCAGUCACAGCAAACGUCUAGGCAAAUUGCUCCAGCAAUCGCACCACUCAAUCCUCAAAACGCCUCGAUUUUUGCCUCCGCACAGGACAAUAAUUCUGGAAAUUCUUCGCAAUCCCACAAUUUAUUUCCUCCUAAUUCUUUCCUUAAUCGAAUCAGCCAAUCUUCUUCCGAGAAUCGAGUCGUCGCUGGAAUCAGCUCGAACGCGCGCGUCGAAUCUAAUCCGACAAACAACGCAGGAAUUCGUAACACUGCCUCCACUAGCGGAAAUUCUGCAUCUCAAAAUGGACCCUCUAAUUCUUCUACUAGAAAUUUCGAUUUCGAACCAAUUCUCGAUCGUUUGUACAAUCGAUUGGGCUUCAUCAGACCUCCAAAUUCUACUCCCACUAGUUCUGUACAUAAUGACGCUGGGAGAACGUCACAGAGAAAUUCGGCUAAUUCGAUCGAGUCGUCGCGGUCAUCGGAAAAUCCUCCUGUCCAGGAGCGUGCAUCGCGAAGUGGAGUUGAAACGAACACGGAAACAUCGGACCGUCGUGAAAUUAGAAAUCCAUCGCAGCGUAUAAGAUUCAUUGAUCCGCUGGGAAAUCAUCCUCCGACGGAUUCCCGAAAUCGUAACGAUUCCCUGAGAAUGUCAUUGGCGAUGCAAGCGUGUUUAUUGUCUCGAGCAAUAAACAGAAAUUCAUCAGAAACGAGCAGAAGCACGGGAGCGUUAACGGAGACGAACCGAUCUGUGCCAGACUUGGAGCUGCAGAGCCAGCAGAAUCGCUUCAAAGAAACGAUCGUCAAUCGUUUAAUUUCCUUCGGAGUAAGAAUGCGACAAACGCAAAUCGAUAAUCUCGAGCGUGAAAUUCGCAGUCGUUUAUCGCGAUUAGGAUCAUCUUCGGUCACGAGAAACAACGACAAUCGAGAACGUUCUUCUUCUUCGUCAAGAAGACAAUCGUCGCUUUCGCAAAAUCGUUAUUCUCCUUAUUUACCAAAUCUCCGUUAUUUAGGGACUAACAGAAUGGCUCAGGAGCUCCCUAAUAAUGGGACUUCCAGAGAUGUAAAUAACUCUGCACUCUCGGAAUCCGUCAUGAACGUCACUACCGCCGCAACGACCUAUAGAUCGCCAGAAACUAUCGUUCAAUUAUCCACACGAAGUCGCAGUGAUACCGAGCUGCUGCGGAGACCCCAAGAAUCAUUGGAAAUCGAUCCUCGUCCACGAAGGUCUCAAGAUAUCUCCGACGAACCCAUCUCGACUCUUGUCAGAGAAGCUGGCAUCAAUAAUGCCAGAAACGAAGAUCAAACACAGCACACAACGCAAAAUGAUAACUUGAUAAAUUCUCCUACAAAUUCUCAAAGAUAAUACAUUUUCAUCUGAGAAGUACAGUGUUCAGAUUUUAACCGGUGUGUGUCGUUAGAAUCCAUUGAAAUGUUGUCCUUUUACAAUGUCAGUCGGAAUUCAUUUUACAUUUUUUACCAUUUUUUAAUGUUGGCAAAUUGUCGAAUUAAAAAAAAAAUCUUUUAAAAAAUUGUUCGAUAUUCGAUGAUGAAAUCUACGUUUUUCUGCAAACUUUGUUACUGCGCCCAAAAAAUGCAAUGGGAUUUUUGCUCUAAUGAAAAAAAAUUUCGAUGCUUUUGAAUGAUGCACACUACAAUUAUCAGCCAGUUUAUUCCUUAUAUUUUCUUUUUUCCUUCUUGAGAAUAGUGAUUAUUAUAGCUAUUCGUAGAUCAUGUUAACAAAAAGUGGGUUUAUUUAUGUUCCUAUUACUUGUCGGUUUGUUGAAUUAUACCUAUAGUAUUUGAUGAAUAAACGAACGUUUUUGCGUUA